GGCAAGUGUGGCGCGUCUCCCGCGAGCAGUGCGCGUUCACCUGUCGUGACGACACGUUUCUCCUCGUCGCCUCGUCUGUCCCGCGAGUAAUUUCAAUUUUUUUCCACGCACGCCGAGGAGAUACGGCGCGUGUUAUUUCCGGUCCCGCGGCACGUGGCACCGGGUCGCGUCCCUCGCGACUUCCGCCUGCCGUCCCGCUCUCGCGGACGUUUCACCCUCGUUUCAUCUCGCCGUCUUCAUCAUCAAAAAUCCGUCGUUCAAAGAGACACGAGUCUUGAUUGAAGCGAGGGAAGUUAUUUGAAAUACCGCACGACAGGCUGUCAUCCGAAGGAUGCCAUGAGAUUUUGAAACUUUUAAAAUCGGCAAAUGGCUCGGGAGAAAAGCUUAUUCUAAAACCUGGCAUCGCUCAAGCUAAUGAUCUUUGAAUCGUGUGCGUGGCAGAUGAAUCAACAGCAUGACAUCAACGUCACGUAUGUUUCCCUCGUCAACGAAACAAACUUUAGUUACGUCGAUAUCUGCGUUAUUCCCCAGGAUACUGAGAAGAUGCUUAUAAUCCCGUUCUUAGUAAAACACGAUCGCUACGAUUAAUUGGAUUAUCUAACGAAGAUCUGGAAAGAAAAUAUAAAGUGGCGCAGCCAGGUAAUUUUUAUCCUUCGUAGAAUAUUCAUCCUUCGUAUAUUUCAAGAGCCACGAUGAUGGACGCAACAACGGAUAUAAUGGAUACAAUGGACGUAUACAAUUUAACGCACGAUAUAAAUUUAAUUUACAACAACCUAACGCAAAACGAUACGAUGCCGAAUUGCGAGGCGGAAUUGUCGAUCAUCGCCCUGGUCAAUCAGAUCCUCUACUCCAUCGUCUGCAUCGUUGGACUCCUCGGGAAUUCUCUGGUAAUUUACGUCGUUCUGCGCUUCUCAAAGAUGCAAACCGUCACGAACAUGUACAUCGUGAACUUGGCGAUCGCGGACGAGUGCUUUCUGAUCGGUAUACCGUUCCUGGUGACGACGAUCAACUUGCGCAGUUGGAUCUUCGGUAAGAUCAUGUGCAAGGCAUAUAUGACUACAACGAGCAUCAAUCAGUUCACCAGCAGCAUCUUUCUGUUUAUCAUGAGCGCCGAUCGCUACAUCGCCGUGUGCCACCCGAUAUCGUCCCCGAAGAUGCGCACGCCCUUCAUCUCGAGAGUGGUCUCGCUUACCGCCUGGGCCACCAGCGCUCUCUUUAUGGUACCGGUAUUUCUCUAUGCGAACGCUAUGGAAACUCCAGAGGGUGUGGUCAGUUGUAAUAUUUAUUGGCCCAACGACCGCGGCGGCCAGACCACCUUCACGCUUUACACCCUAAUUCUAGGCUUCGCCAUUCCUCUAGUGCUCAUACUGAUUUUUUACUUCCUGGUGAUCAGGAAGCUGCGAACGGUGGGCCCGAAGAACAAGUCGAAGGAGAAGAAACGGUCGCAUCGGAAGGUCACCAAGUUGGUAUUGACGGUGAUCACCGUUUACGUAUUCUGCUGGCUACCCUACUGGGUGACCCAAGUGGCACUAAUAUACACGCCGCCGAAACAAUGUCAGACCAGCAUCAGCAUCACCAGCUUCCUCCUGGCCGGUUUCCUCAGCUACAGCAACAGCGCGAUGAAUCCGAUCUUGUACGCCUUCCUGAGCGACAACUUCAAGAAGAGCUUCCUGAAGGCGUGCACCUGCGCGGCCGGCAAGGACGUGAACGCGGCGCUGCACAUCGAGAACAGCGUAUUCCCACGGAGGAAUAAGGCCAACGCCGACAGGCUGCAGGCCAACCGGAUGAUCGCAUCCGGACAGUCCAGAUUGGAACUCGAGGAUGAGGAGGCGGAGAGAGGAUUGCUCAUCAGCAAGACCUCCACCACCACCGUGACCAUGACGUCGCGAUCGAACAUUACGGUCAGCAGCGAGCCGAGAGAUCCGGCGCAGAGAGAUAAAGAUCUAAUUAAGAAUGGCGCUCAGUUGACCCUGUUGACGCAGGUUUAAAGUACCGCCGUCUGAACGUCCAACUGUUGCGACUCCAGAAUGAGGGGCUCUCCAUUGCGAGAAACAAUAGACCCGAAGGAUUGGCC